UAUGAUUCUUGCAGUCCCAUCAUCGCCAUAUCCAGCUACAGUGUGGAGCCCUACGGGGACGGAACCGAUGCUCCCGUUUGCACCACCGCCGCAGAUGGGUUCUGGUCUAUCUUCUAUUUCGUGGGCUGCAUCACGCUGUUCUUCUUCCUGCCCUUCGGCAUCCUGGUCCUUCUUUACGCGGCCAUCGCGUACAAACUGCUGCGUCCCAACAACGCCUUCCACAGACCAACCUCCCCGCAGCCGCAGCAGCCGGUUGGCGGAGCUACCAGCGGUUCAUUGCAGGUGCCUAGCACCAAAGGCAACAGUCAUCAACACAGCAACGGCAUGAGGAAGCACCGCAAGCAGGUGAUCUUCAUGCUGGUGGCCGUGGUGUCCAGCUUUUUUAUUUGCCUUCUGCCUUUCCGGGCUUUCACCCUUUGGGUGAUCCUGGCCAGCGCCAAGGAUGUGGAGAGUCUGGGCAUUGCCGGCUACUACAACCUGCUGUACUUCUCGCGCUUCAUGCUCUACCUGAACUCGGCCAUGAACCCGAUCCUGUACAACCUGAUGUCCUCCAAGUUUCGCAGCGGCUUCUGGCGGCUGCUGCUCACUUGUCUGGGCCAGCGGCCACAUCACCAUCGUAGCCACCACUACCAUCAAAGGCAGCAUCCGGCGGCGGGCGGAAAUGGGGGCAAUGCUUCCAGGCGACAGGAACAGGAUGCUGAGGAAGGAGCCGCGCUGGCGGGAACGACCAGUGCCAGGCAUCCACGUCGCACUCUCCGCCGCGAGGCCACCUUCUUAAUCAACUCCAUAUCCACCUCCUCGGGCACCGAACGCACCACAUCAUCGUCAGCGUGGCGCAGCAACAGCCUGUCCGUUUCCGGUCUGAGCGAACGGGAGCGGGGCAUCCUGGGAGCUGCUAUUAUCGGAACAACGGCAGCCACCGUUACCACUGCCUGUCUGCAGGAGCGACGUGCCAGCAAGAUCUAAAUCCCAUCCUGAAAAUGCAUACUUCGAAUCCAUGCCCACUGCCAGCAACCGUUAAAGUAUUUAGUUGAAUUCCAACAGCAAAUAGUCAUAGUUUUAGAAAAAUUUUGUUGUAAAGACUGAAGUACCUCAGAAGAAGUCAAUAAAC